AUGUCUGCUGUUUUUUCACUUCCUAACUCUCUUUUAAGAAAUAUUGGAAGGAUUACAAAGUACCCCUUGUUGAAUUCUCCUUUUGAGUUGAAUUUCCAAUCUAAGCAUUCAUUUAGAGGAGUUCGGAUGGGGAGUCAUCAGCAUAACGAUCUGAAAAGAGAUUCAAGAGGAGCUUUAAUUGUUCUUGAAGGUUUGGAUCGUUGUGGAAAGACAUCUCAGUGUGCCCGAUUACUUUCAACAUUGGAAGGUCUGGGAUAUUCAGUUGAAUCAUGGAGAUUUCCAGAUAGAACUACUGGUGUUGGGAGGAUGAUAUCUUCUUACCUUUCGAACCAAUCACAAUUGGAUGACCAUGCCAUUCAUUUACUAUUCAGUGCAAAUCGGUGGGAGAAAAGAUCAUUAAUGGAAGCUAAGCUGAUGAGUGGAACGACUCUCAUAGUUGACCGGUAUUCUUACUCCGGCGUUGCUUUCUCAAGUGCCAAAGGACUUGAUUUUCAGUGGUGCAAGGCUCCAGAGGUUGGGUUGUUGGCCCCGGAUUUGGUGGUUUAUCUGGACAUUUCACCUGAGAAAGCUGCUGAAAGAGGGGGUUAUGGAGGGGAGAGAUACGAGCAGCUUGAAUUUCAGAAGAAAGUUGCAGAAUCUUACAAGAAGCUUAUUGAUACUUCCUGGAAGACUGUUGAUGCCACUCUACCCAUUGAAGAUAUUGAGAAGCAUCUGAAAGAGAUUACUCUGGAAUGCAUAGUUGAAUGCCAAAAGGGGAAAUCUCUCUCCCAGCUCUGGCCUUAG